GUGUCCCUUCUUCUUCUUUCCCUUUCACAUAAACAAUAUCACACCCUUUUCUUCACUCCAAUCCUAAAAAUAAAACCUCUUUUUUUCUCACUCACCAUGUCCACUCGUCGCUCCGGUGCCGCCGUCAUCGACGGCGCCACCACCAAACCCACCACAACCACCAGAUCCAUCACUCCUCUAACCACCUCACGCAAGCUCCCUUCUCUCAACACUUCAUCAUCUUCUUCUUUAAAAGAAAACAAUAACCCUCGUAGAUCCACUUCUCGUGGACCCAUUCACCCAACCCAAAAGCCCUUAACCCGAUCCAUUCCUCGUACUGAUCGUAGAUCCUCUUCUUCUUUCUCAUCUCUCCCUAGAGGCAGAAGUCCUAGCCCUUCAGAUCUCAAUCAAACCCGCCGCGUCUCCGUUGAUCGAAAAGAUUCCAAAUCAAUCAUUAACCCGAUUAGAAAAUCAACUGAGAGACCCAAAAGUGCUGAAAAGGUUAGAACUUUAUCAAAUUCUGCUAGGGUUAGGGUUAGGGUUGAAGAGAAUAGCAAUAGUAAUAGUAAUGGUAAUAGUGAUGGUAGUAGUAGUAAUAAGUAUCAGAGUAAGCUUCAUGAAAAGCUUGCUUUUUUAGAGGGGAAAGUCAAGAGAAUAGCUUCUGAUAUAAAGAAGACUAAAGAGAUGCUUGAUUUGAAUAACCCUGAUGAAUCAAAAUUUAUACUUUCUGAUAUUCAAGAUAAGAUUUCUGGGAUUGAGAAAGCUAUGGUUCGAGUUGUUGUUUCCGAAGAUGAUAACCAUAAAGUUGGUGUUGUUAGUGUUAAUGGGGUUGAGGAUUCGAAGCAAAUUAAGCCGAUGAAUGCGAGUGGUUUGGUUAAAGGUUUGAACAGUGAUGAGCUUGAAGAUAGGUUGUUUCCUCAUCAUAAGUUGAUUAGAGAUAGGAUAAUGAUUAAGGAUUCGACGGUGAAGGAAAAGGUGGAAAUUGAAGAGAAUGUGUUGAAAUCUGUUGAUGAGAAUUCAAUAGCUUUGGAGUUUUUGGCGACACUUGGAGAAGGGAGUGGGAAAGUUUCGAAUCAUGGCGAUCCUUGUGAUGGGAUUGAGAGAGGGAAGAGUGGUUCAUGCAGUAAUCAAAAGUGUGAUAUUGAUAUGGUGCUUGAGGCGGAUGAGAAGCUUGAGGAGUUCGAUGAUCAAGGGAAAGAGAACAAUAAUAACACACAAGAGGAAGAAGGGUUUAUUGCUGAUGAAACUGAUGAAGCUUUUAAUUUUAAGCUGAAUGGGAUAGGGAACAAGAUUGCUGCGGCUGGUUGGUUUGUAUCUGAAGGGGAGGCUGUGCUGCUUGCUCAUGAUGAUGCUACUUGUUCUUAUUAUGAUAUCGCCAAUUCUGAGGAAAAAUCUGUAUAUAUUCCCCCUCCAGGAGCUUCACCUAGCAUAUGGAGAGAUUGCUGGCUAAUUCGCGCUCAAGGUUCAGAUGGUUGCUCCGGAAGAUAUGUUGUUGCUGCAUCCGCAGGCAACACAAUUGAAUCCGGCUUUUGUUCUUGGGAUUUUUACACAAAAGAAGUGAAAGCUUUCCAAUUCGACAAUGGAACAGCUUCCUCCAGAACAGCACUUCGACCCUUACCAAAUAACAUCAGAAGAAAUUCUACUAGUUCCACCCUUUUAUCAGCAGAUGCUAGACAAUGGUGGUAUAAACCAUGUGGACCUCUCAUUAUUUCUACAUGUAGCUCACAGAGAGGUAUGAAAGUUUUCGAUGUUCGCGAUGGAGAGCAAGUCAUGAGUUGGGAGGUUCAGAAGCCUGUUGUUGCUAUGGAAUACUCUAGUCCUUUGCAGUGGAGAAAUAGAGGAAAAGUAGUUGUAGCUGAAGCUGAAUCCAUUACUUUGUGGGAUGUAAAUUCACUCAGUCCUCAAGCUUUGGUUUCUGUUCCCUUUGGUGGUAAGAAAAUUUCAGCUCUCCAUGUGAGUAAUACCGAUGCUGAGCUCGGUGGAGGGGUUCGAAAGAGAGUAAGCUCCUCAGAAGCUGAAGGAAACGAUGGUGUGUUCUGCACCACAGAUUCUAUCAACAUAUUGGACUUUCGCCAACCAUCCGGUGUUGGUCUUAAGAUACCAAAACAUGGUGGUGUCAAUGUACAAUCUAUUUUCUCUCGCGGCGAUUCUGUCUUCUUUGGAUGCACCGCUUCCACUACAAUGGGGAAAAGACAGUCAUCAUCGCUAAUACAACAAUUUUCGUUGCGGAAACAAGAACUAUUCAACACCUAUACUUUUCCAGAAUCCAAUGCACACUCACAUUACGCAGCAGUUUCACAAGUUUGGGGUAAUUCUGACUUUGUCAUGGGUGUGUGCGGUUUAGGACUAUAUGUGUUUGACGCAAUGAAAGAUGAUGAUGCAUCAAGGGUUCUGAAUAUGAAUUAUGAUAAUAAUAAUAAUAAUAAUAAUAAUGGUCAGAAUCUUAGGGAAGUUGUUGGUCCUGAUGACUUAUAUUGGCCAUCCUUUGAUUAUAUGGGAUCUCGUUCUCUUUUGAUAUCAAGAGAUCGACCAGCUAUGUGGAGGCAUCUAAUAGUUUGAAAUUAAUUAAUGUAUUUUUAGUAAUUAUUGUAUUUUUAGUAAUUAAGUGCAAGUCUUCUGCAAUUGCAAAACAGGAAUUUGGUUUUUAAGGGUCAAGGGUUAAUUUAUGCUUCACCCCUUCCUUGCAAUGCUGUUUAAGGAUUAUAUAUUUUGUUUUAUGAUAGAAAAGUGUGUUUGGUGUGGAUGUUUGUUUAA